AUGUCGAAGCCAACCGCCAACUGGGAGAAGGUGGGCGACAAGUUUUAUCGCAAAGUGCAGCUCUACACGGCCGUCUUCGAUGCGGACCUCGAGCUCGACAAGUACAGCGUGGUGGGCGCCCCAUACAGCGGCGCAGUAGUUGCCAAAACAGCCAUCUUCCGCGAUGAGGAGAAGCUGCACGCAUAUCGCGGGCCCGGCGCAUCCAAGUCGAGCAUCGACAUCUACAGCUGCGCCGGCAAGCUGAUUCGCAGCAUCAACUGGGACAAGGGCGCCAUCAAGGGCCUGGGCUGGUCUGAGGACGAGAAGCUGCUUGUCGUGACGGAAGACGGCACGGUGCGCUGCUACUAUGACCUGCAGGGCGACUUUGUCCCCUUCACUCUCGGCCACGAUGCAGACACGCUCGGCGUCGUCUCGUGCAAGUUCUACAGCACCGGCUUUGUCGCUCUGCUCGGCAACAACCACCUCAUCUCGGUCGCCUCGUACGCGGAACCACGCCCGAAGCUGCUCGCCAUCGCCCCAACCGAGCCCGUCGUGUCAUGGAGCAUCAUCCCGCCUGCAUACUCGCUCUCGCGCUCAGUCGAGGUUAUUCUGGCCAUCGGCACCACGCUCUAUGUCGUCGACGCCACCGAGGCAGAAGAUCGCAACUUUGACGCCGGCCCUUUUCGCCACAUCAGCGUCAGCCCUCGCGCCGAGUUCCUUGCAUUCUACACAGACGACGGCAAGGUGUGGGUCGUCAGUGGCGACUGGAGCGAGAAGCUCAGCGAGUAUGACAGCAAAGUCAAGACGGUGCCCAAGGACAUGCAGUGGUGCGGCUCCAACGCCGUAGCACUAGCAUGGGAGGACGAGAUUCACUUGAUCGGCCCCAAAAGCGCUGCUGCCAAAUUCUACUACGACUCGUGGGUGCAUCUGCUCCCGGACGUUGACGGCAUACGGCUCCUCACCAACGACGUUUGCGAAUUCAUCCAAAAGGUGCCCGACGAGGCCGUGGAUGUAUUCCGCCUAGGAUCCGAUUCCCCAGCUGCAAACCUUCUUGAGGCUUCGUCUCUGCUGGAGCAGAAGAGCCCCAAAGCAGAUGAUCUGAUCCAGCUGAUACGGCCGUCUCUCGCCGAUGCUGUUGACACCUGCAUCAAGGCGGCUGCACAUGAGUACCAGAUCCACUGGCAAAAGGCGCUGCUAAAAGCUGCCUCGUACGGCAAGUCGGUCCUGGACCUGUACUCGUCUGACGAUUUCGUCGACACAUGCGACACACUGCGAGUCCUCAACGCUGUGCGGUUUUACGAAGUUGGCUUGCCGCUCAGUUACGAUCAAUACCGACGCAUGACCCCCGAAAAGCUCAUCGAGCGCCUCACGAAUCGCAACGAUUACCUGCUUGCCUUGCGCGUAGCCGAGUACUUGCAUCUACCGGCAAGUCGUAUCCACGGACAUUGGGCACAGCAGAAGGUCCGCGUAUCUACUGACCCCGAAGAAGAGAUCUGCAGCCUGAUUGUGAAAAAGCUGCACGGGAAACCCGGCGUUUCAUUUGAGGAAAUCGCGCGGGCUGCUUAUGAUGAGGGUCGCGUUCGUCUUGCGACGGAACUACUCAACUACGAGCCAAGAGCCGGAAAGCAGGUCCCCCUACUUCUGAACAUGAAAGAAGAAAACAUUGCCUUGGAUAAAGCUAUCGAGUCUGGCGACACUGAUCUUAUCUACCACGUCUUGCUGCAUCUCCGUAAGAAGCUACCUCUAGCUUCCUUCUUUCGCGUCAUCAACAGUAGACCUGUAGCCACUGCCCUUGUCGAAUCAUCAGCCUGGGAUCAGGACAGAGAGCUGCUGAAAGACCUCUUCUAUCAAGACGACAGGAGACUAGACGGCUCAAACCUCUUGCUAUCGGAAGCCCUUUCACAAAGCAGCUUGCAUGCUUCGCUGGACAAGCUGAAAUUAGCCAGCAAGUAUUUGCAAGACUCUCGCGAUGCGUCGGCCGUCUUCCAGCGACAGGCCGUCGAUGAAGCCGCAAAGCUUUUUCGCCUCCAGGAGACGUUCGAGAGAGAUCUGGGUUUCCGCGAUACUGCGGCUGCCACGCCCGGGUCGCAACAGACCGCUUUUAUCGGGCUCAGUGCGCACGAAACGAUAUUUCAGCUCAUUCGUCAGGGUCACUACAAGCGUGCACAGAAAGUGCAGAGUGAGUUCAAGAUCGCCGACAAAGCAUACAUGUACAUCCGUCUUCGUGCCCUCGUUGCAGCGCGGCACUGGGUCGAGCUCGAAGAGUCUGCAAAGCAAAAGAAGAGCCCAAUUGGGUGGGAGCCGUUCUUCAAUGAAGUGCUUGCGGCAGGCAACACGAGGGUUGCAAGUGUUUUCAUUCCAAAGUGUACAAAUUUGCCGGUGGCCGAUCGCGUGGAUAUGUGGGUCAAGUGCGGUCUUUUCGUCAAGGCAGGGGAAGAAGCUUUCAAGGCCAAGGAUCGAGCACUACUAGAGGACCUGAGAAGUAAAGCUGGGGGAAGUGCAGCGGUGGAGAUUGAGAGGCUCCUAGGCAUGUUGCCUCAUGGGAGGAAAUAA